AUGGCAUCGCAGCCGUCUACAGAUGGAAGUGAGUCUCUGCUUGGAGCAGAGGCCGGGGGACCAUUGAUACAGGCUGAAAAAGAUAUUGCGAGCAUGAGCGUGGAAGAUCUAUUCACCUACUUUCCACUCCCACCAGAGAGCCUCCCAGAAGCAUUCCCUGAGCACAGCAAAGCGCCCAACUUGAGCAUGCUGCCCAAGAGCGGCUGCAGCGGGCUCAUAGAUGAGUAUGCAGCAAGCGGGCAGCAGUUCAUCAUGUACCGCCCCAUUAUCCACUUCAUCAAGCAGUGGCUUAUAGAGGAGCAGAAGGUUAGCCACUGGAUGCUGGACGGCAUGCCCAGCUCUGGGAAGAGCAUUGCUGUGGCAGCGCUUGUGCACUGGGCUCGCCUCUCCGGCUGGGUGGCGCUGUACGUGCCGAAUGCAGAGGUGCUGACGGCAGGAGGUACCUACGCGUAUAACAAGGACGCGGACGCCUGGGACACACCCGAGAGCGCCAAGUACAUCCUGCAUAACCUGCUGGCCGCGCACCGGGACACGCUGCAGGCAUGGUCUUCUCGCUGUCUUCUUGAAGCCAGUGUGGCUGGCCUGCGCAGCGUGGAUGGCAGCUGCUCGAUCGCGGAGCUGGCGGAAGCUGGCCUGGAAGCCACUGGCGCUGCCGCGCCCGUUACGGCCGUGCUGGACGUCAUUGAUGCCCUCAAAGCGCAGUCGGGGGUGCCCGUGAUGCUUGCGGUGGACCGUUACAACGCGCUGUACGCGCCGAGCGACUACGGCCAAUCGGUGGGCGAGCACAAGCGGCGCAUGCUGGGCGCGGGCGAGCUGCGGCUGGCAGCCGGUCUGCGCGUGCUGGAGCACACCGCGCCGCUCAAGGGCGUCUGCAUCGGCGCCCUCGCGCGCCACGACCGUAUCAGCCGCCGUACGCCUGUUCCCCUGCAGCCCUGGGUCUCACCCACAGAAGUCUACCGGUUUUCUCCUGAGGAGUGGGCAAACCUGCUGGCGUACUACGAUGCUGUGGGCCUCUGUGCUCAGGAUCAUGUGGAGCUCAUCAAGAGCUUCAUGCUCACUCAGGGCAACCCCAAGGAGCUGCGCGUCAUGCGCGAGGCUCUCUCCUUCCUGCCCUCAACGGCCAUGUACAAGGACCGCCGGUAG